GUGAAAUUGAAGUACAAUACCUGAAUGCUAAUGUAGGUACCUAAUUCACCUAGCUACAGCAGGUACAAUACUUAAUAGGCAGGUCGUAAGUGUUAGAAGUACUUCACCUGGACCUUCCCCCACAUCAGAUCAUCUUCUCUCAACGGUUGGAGUUUAAGAGAGAAGGCCCGACGUGCUUUCUUGUCACUUUUCUUUCCGUCUUGUUGCCAUAUGUUUAUAUUUCCUCUUUGCCAUUGACAACUUACUUCUUCUGACUUGCGUCGGCGUUUUAGAGAAUUGGCCUUAGAAAUCUAGCAUAUCCUACUUGAGAACAAUUUAUAUAUUGUUCGAUCACAUAUAUAUACCUACCUUAUUUAAUCAUUCCUCCUACGUCUAUUCUAGCUACCUCGCCCGCCUCGUUUGAAUAUGGCUAUGAAUAUUAGAACAACGACGAGAGCGCUAGGGGCUUUAAGACCGCGAGCCGCCCCGGCGAUAGUCCUCCCCACGGUUAGGUCGUACUCUUCCUCGUCCGAGCCCGACUUAAAGGAGACUCUAAAAGAAGUCAUCCCCGCCAAACGGGAGCUUCUCAAGAAAGUCAAGGCCCAUGGAUCCAAGGUUAUCGGUGAGGUUAAGGUUGAGAACACGAUUGGUGGCAUGAGGGGGUUGAAGGCAAUGGUCUGGGAAGGCUCUGUACUGGAUGCGAAUGAGGGGAUUCGAUUUCAUGGCCGAACGAUAAAGGAUUGCCAAAAGGAGUUACCCAAAGGCAAGACGGGUACUGAAAUGCUCCCGGAAGCCAUGUUUUGGCUCCUCUUAACCGGUAAAGUGCCGUCGGUUGGUCAGGUCCGCCAACUGUCGCGUGAACUCGCCGAGCAGGCUCGGCUUCCUGAUUUCGUAAAUAAGCUACUUGAUAGUUUUCCUCGAGACCUACAUCCCAUGACUCAGUUCGCUAUUGCGGUUAGCGCUCUGAAUUAUACUUCGAAAUUCGCGAAAGCGUACGAGCAAGGUUUGAACAAGGCCGACUACUGGGAGCCUACAUUCGACGAUGUCAUUAGUCUGCUCGCCAAGCUACCUACGAUCGCGGCCAAAAUAUAUCAGAAUUCCUACCGCGACGGUGGUGCAUUACCUGGCGAUGUUGACCCCGAACAGGACUGGUCCUAUAACUUUGCCUCUAUGCUAGGCAAGGGUGGAAAAGAGAACGAAGACUUCCAGGACUUACUAAGAUUAUACCUUGCCCUUCAUGGAGAUCACGAAGGCGGAAACGUCUCGGCUCAUGCUACUCACCUUGUUGGGAGCGCCCUGAGCGAUCCGUUUCUGAGUUACAGCGCAGGCCUCCAAGGUUUGGCCGGGCCUUUACACGGACUCGCCGCGCAGGAGGUAUUACGGUGGAUUAUCCAGAUGAAAGAAAACAUCCCGGAGAAUUACUCCGAGAAGGAUGUUCAAGACUACCUAUGGUCAACACUCAACAGCGGUCGAGUCAUUCCAGGUUAUGGGCAUGCUGUCCUUCGCAAGCCCGAUCCCCGCUUCGAAGCGCUGAUGGAUUACGCUGCCAGUCGCCCUGCGAUUGCCAAUGACCCUGUAUUCAAGCUCGUCAAGGCCAAUAGCGAAAUCGCUCCUCAAGUUUUAACUGAACACGGAAAGACCAAGAACCCCUACCCCAACGUCGACUCGAGCAGUGGCGUUUUGUUCCACCACUACGGCUUCCAUGAGACCCUUUAUUACACUGCAACAUUCGGUGUUAGCAGAGGAUUGGGACCCCUCGCUCAACUCAUUUGGGACCGUGCUCUUGGUCUACCCAUUGAGCGGCCUAAGAGCAUAAAUCUAGAAGGAAUAUUAAAAGAGGUGGGAGCGUGAAUGAGUAAAUAUGUAAGGUAGCACUCUGGAGUUGAACAUGGUCAUUAUCGGAUAAGCGUAAGUAUAGUACUGUCAUCGAAAAAUCCAAUGCUACAAAUGCUUUAUGAGCCUCUUAGUCGCUACUGUUGGUGUAUCAUGUAUAGGCCCAUAGUAUGAAAAUAAAGUCUCCUUGAGGUUAACGUUAUAA